ACCAUCGGCGAUGGUGGCGCUUCGAUUUGCGUUACGUCAGAACUGAACCUCUUGGUCGUUUGUGUUGACCGUGUUUGGUCAUAUUGUCAAAUAUCUCAAAAUAAGCCGUAUCACGAAGACAGUUAAAAAAAUAAUUAAAAAUUAUACAAAAUGUCUCAAAUAUCCUUAGCAGAACAACCACAUCUUCAGCAAAUCGAUCUGACAAAGCUGAAUCUGCAGCAACUCACGUUACUAAAACAGCAACUAGAUCAGGAACUCACUGUCUUUCAGGACUCGUUACAAACUCUUAAAAUUGCCCAGACCAAGUUUCAAGAAUCUGGAUCCUGCCUAGACAAAGUGACACCAGAAGCCAAAGGCAAAGAAAUCUUGGUGCCUCUCACGGGUUCGAUGUAUGUCACGGGUCAGAUGGGUGAGACGGAGAAUGUUUUGGUUGACAUUGGAACUGGUUACUUUGCGGAGAAGAACAUCGAAGAUGCUAAGACCUAUUUCCAAAAUAGAGUCACCUACGUUUCCGAACAAAUGAUGAAGAUUCAGCAGCUGGGUCUUGAGAAGAGUAGAAUCAGAGAAGCAACUGUAGAAGUAAUUGAAAUGAAGCUUCAAGGGCUUGGACCAAAAGACCUUGCGGAGCGAACAUGAAACAUCUGUAAAGUAUAUUGUUAUGCUUUCAACGCACCUUUUCUUCCGAUAUUGAAAAUCAAGUUUGGUUGUGCCUUUCGAGUCAUGACAUUUUGAAUCAAGCUUUUGAAAGGUCUCAGCUUAACUUCAGCUAUUCAGAAAAGCGCAGGGACAGAUAAUUUAUCUAAACAAUUAUUGAAAAUUGAAAUAUUUGUCAAUUGUGUCAAUCUGUUGAAAUACUGACUCUGACCAAGAUGCAUCGUCCUGUGAUAUCGUUUAACUUUUGUUUUCAUCUCAUUCACGAACCAGUGUUGCUAUUCUUACGCAUUUAAUGUGAAAUACUCGAUAAAGUAACUUUGUACAUUUUAUUAAUCGUCCCAAUAAUAAUACAUGGUAAAUUUUGAUUAUAUUGCUUUCGAAUUAUGGAAUUUAUUUGCAUGUAUACAAAUUCAUCGAAAAAACAUUAUUUCAGAAAGUAUGUUAGUAAAUAUGUAUUCUAUUAUUGUUUGAAUAAUGCACAGACUUAAAUUUACUAC